AUGACGCGUGAUUUAGAUCGAGCUCAUGAAGAUAUCUUGGUGGACGAGAAAACUGUCAAACCAGUCAAGAGAUUUUUAACACCUAUUCUUACAAAAAAAGUUCCCUUGGUUCCUGAUGAAUCAGAAAGAAAGACAUUGCCAUUAUAUUCUUCAAACAUAUUAUCAAGAAUUUUUUUCGUUUGGUUGAUUCCAUUGUUCAACAGAGGUUAUAAAAGAACUUUAGACUUCAAUGAUUUAUGGAAAUUAGAUGAUCGGCUAUCAAUUCACACAACUUAUCCCAAAUUUCAACAUCAUUUGAAUGAAAUAAUAACCAAAUACCGCUUGAAAACAGGUGAAAAAAAUAAAUUUCCCAAAUUUGCAAUUCUACAAGCAUUGUUUUUAACUUUCAAGUACGAAUGUGGUUUAGCCGUUGGUCUUUCCAUGUUACAUUAUGGUGCUCAAGUUGUUUCUCCAAUUCUUAUCAAGAAGUUGAUCAAUGUGGUUGAAAUGAGGGUGUUGGUACCAAGCUCGCCAAUCAAUGAUGGUAUCGGUUAUGCUAUUGGUGUUACACUGUUGGUUGCAAUUAGCGCCCUAGCCCAAAAUCAUUCUUUACAAAACUCAAAAUUGGUUGGUUCCCAUGCAAGAACAAUCUUAACAAAAGCUCUUUUGGAGAAAUCUUUAAACGCAGACUCUAAAACAAAGCAUAACUUUGGUAAAGGGAAAAUAUUUACUUUGAUGAGUAGUGAUUUGGCAAAAAUUGACCUAGGCCUAAGUUAUUUACCAGGUGCACUAUCGUUUCCAAUUCCUUCUGUGGUCGCCAUUGUGCUUUUAAUUAUCAAUCUUGGUGUCGCUGCACUUUCUGGUAUUGGUGUCUUUGUCUUGACCGUUAGCUUAUUUGUUUUUCCUGGUAUUUUGUUUAUGAAGUAUAAAGAAAAAUCAUCUCUUCAUACUGAUAAAAGAGUCAGUUUAAUGAGGGAAAUCAUCAAUGCAAUGAAAAUGAUCAAAUUUCAUGCCUGGGAAGGCUCUUAUGAGAAAAAAGUUAUUGAAGAGAGAUCAAAAGAAUCUAGUUAUAUUUUCAAAUGUGAAGUUUUGAUCAAUAUAAUGUUUGGGGCCGUUUUCAAUUUAUCAUUAACUUCAUCAAUGACAGCUUUUUUGGUUCUUUAUGCUAUUCGUUUCAAUCAUGGAAAUGUUGGGAGUAUUUUUGCUUCAUUAGCGUUGUACAAUAUUUUCACCAUGGCUGUAUCUGAGUUUCCAAUGAUUAUUGGACAAUGUACUUCUGGUUGGGUGAGCUUAAACAGGGUGCGUGAGUUUUUGGAAUCAUCUAUUGAAAAUUCUGACACAAAUUUGAGUGAAAAAUCAAGUAUUAAUUAUAAAUCUGAUUCUGCAAUCAAUAUAACAAACGGUGAAUUUGAGUGGGAAGCGUUCAAUGACGAUGAUGAUGAUUUCAAAUUGAAAAAUAUUAAUCUGAAUAUUCAACAAGGAGAGUUUAUUGUCAUUACUGGUCCUACUGGAUCUGGUAAAUCUUCAUUAUUACAAGCUAUAAAUGGAGAAGGGAUCAACAAAUUGCAAGGUUCUGUUUCAAUCAAUGGAUCAUCAAUUUUUUAUGAAAUGCCAUGGAUUCAAAGUGCCACUGUUCGUGAUAAUAUAACUUUUGGAAAACAUUUUGAUGCAAUAUUAUAUAGAAAGGUUAUAAAAGCAUGUGCUUUAGAAUCCGACAUUGCACUUUUACAAGCUGGUGAUUUAACAGAAGUUGGUGAAAGAGGUGUGACUUUAUCUGGGGGUCAAAAGGCAAGAAUAAGUUUGGCAAGAGCAAUUUAUGCAGAUAAAGAUGUAUAUCUACUUGAUGAUGUUUUGAGUGCUGUCGAUUCAAAGGUUGGUGCACAUAUUGUUGAUCAUUGUUUCAUGGACUUGAUAGCUUCAAAGACAAAAGUGUUGGUCACUCAUCAAUUAUCUCUAAUCUACAAAGCGGAUCGUGUUGUCUUUUUGAACCAUGAUGGUAGCAUUGAUGUUGGUACAGUUAACCAAUUGAUGAAUUCAAACCCAAAAUUUGUUACAUUAAUGCAACAUAGCCAAAUCAAAAGUACAAAAUUGAAGAAAUCAACCAGUAAAGUAAUUACCAAUAGCAUUGAUGCUGAAGAUUAUGAUAAUUUUGCUAAUGGUGAAUCUGGUUCUUUAUAUGGUUUAGAAGAAAAAGCUGUGAAUGCAAUUCCUUUGAAGAUUUAUAACCAAUUUAUAUCUGCAGGUGGUGGCCGAUAUCCAUAUUUGACAAUAACUUGCUUGGUUUUAAUUACAAGUUUAACGGUGUUUUGCACAAUGUUUGCAAAUGUCUGGUUAUCAUUCUGGAUUGAUCAGAAAUUUUCAAAGCCUGGUCCAUUUUAUAUUGGUAUCUAUAUAAUGUUGACAUUCUGUUCUUUGAUAUUUGUUAUUUUUGAAUUAAUUAUCUUGGGUUCUAUCUCUGUUAAUGCUGGUAAAAAUUUGAAUCUGCAAGCUGUUAAAAGAUUAUUACAUACUCCAAUGAGCUUUAUUGAUACUACUCCAAGUGGAAGAAUCCUAAAUAGAUUUACUAAAGAUACAAAUUCAUUGGAUAAUGAAAUUGGAAAUCAACUCAAAAAGUUUAUUCAUAUUUCAGCAACAAUUAUUGGGAUCUUGAUUUUAUGUGUGGUUUAUCUACCUUGGUUCGCUAUCGCUAUACCAUUGUUAUUUUUGAUCUUUUUCACAGUUACUAAUUAUUACCAAGCAUCAUCAAGGGAAGUUAAAAGACUAGAAGCAUUGAGCAGAUCACUUGUGUGCAAUAACUUUAACGAAGUUUUGAAUGGUAUAGAUACUAUCAAAUCAUUUGGAUCUGAACAUAGAUUUAUUUCAAAGAAUGACAAAUUAGUUGAUAGAUUGAAUGAAGCAUAUUUGGUGACUGUUUCCAACCAAAGAUGGAUUGGUAUUAGUUUGGAUCUUAUUGGUACCGGAUUGGUUUUCAUUGUUGUUAUGUUAGCCCUAACAAGACAAUUCAAUAUUUCUGCUGCUUCAACAGGUUUGAUAACUACAUAUGUUUUGGAAUUGGGUAAUGAGAUAUCUGAUGCAUUGGUUUCGUUUUCUGAGGUUGAAAAUGAAAUGAAUUCGGUGGAAAGAGUUUGUCAUUAUGCAAAUGAAUUGGAUCAAGAAGCUGCGUAUAAAGUUGUUGGGUUGGUUCAUGCGCCUGAAUGGCCUCAAAAUGGUGUUGUUGAACUCAAAAAUGUUUCACUCAGAUACCGUGAAGGUUUACCAUUGGUUUUGAAAAGUCUCAAUUUCAAGGUUGGCUCUAACGAAAAAAUUGGUAUCGUUGGAAGAACUGGGAGUGGUAAAUCAACUAUUGUUAAUGCACUUUUCAGAAUACUUGAAAUAGCUGGAGGUAAAAUUGAAAUAGAUGGUCUAGAUAUCAAGAAGCUUGGACUAUAUGAUUUGAGAUCUAAACUAUCAAUUAUUCCUCAAGAUCCUGUUUUAUUUGAAGGGAGUAUUAGAAAGAAUUUGGAUCCAUUCAAUGAGCGUUCUGAUAUGGAAUUAUUGGAUGCUUUGAGAAGAAGUGGAUUAAUAGCAGAUGGUGAAUUGAAAAACAUUCAAAGAAAUCAUAAGUUUCAUUUGGAAAGUGUGGUGGAAGACGAAGGUUCAAAUUUUUCAUUGGGUGAACGUCAGUUAUUAGCGUUAGCAAGAGCUUUAGUUCGUCGUUCUAGAAUUUUAAUCAUGGAUGAAGCUACUUCAAGUGUGGAUUAUGAAACAGAUGCACUUGUUCAAAAAACAAUUAGCCAGGAGUUCAAGGAUUGUACUGUCUUGUGUAUUGCACAUAGAUUAAAAACCAUUUUGAAGCAUGACAGAGUUUUGGUUCUUGAAAAAGGUGAAUUGGUGGAGUUUGAUGAGCCAAAAGCAUUAUUUAAUAGAAAUGGACGCUUCAGAGAGAUGUGUGACAGCUCAGAUAUCACUCUUUCAGACUUUUAG